AUGGAGCGCCCUAUGUUCCGAGACUGGGACGCUCCGCGGUCUCGGUUAGAGGAUAAGGCCGGCGGUGGCAACUACCGGACAAUGGUGCGUUACGACGAUCUGUAA